GUUACGCAAUUGGGUCCCUGCUGUCCUCACCCAGCUCAAAACUCCAAGGUCCAACUACAGUUAGUGUUCUGUCCCAAGCUGAGGCAGUUCUUUUUGACCGGGUCAGAAGUCUGAACACCAACCGUGACGAUGGGAGAUUGGGGAUUUCUUUCAACCCUUCUGGAGAAGGUCCAGUCCCACUCCACUGUGAUCGGGAAGAUCUGGAUGAGUGUCCUUUUCCUGUUCCGGAUCAUGGUUCUGGGAGCAGGUGCCGAAAGUGUCUGGGGGGACGAACAGUCCGGUUUUGUCUGCAACACCCUCCAACCCGGUUGUGAGAACGUCUGCUACGACUGGACCUUCCCAAUCUCGCACAUUCGUUUCUGGGUCCUCCAGAUCAUCUUCGUCUCCACGCCGACGCUGUUGUACCUGGGCCACGCCAUGCACAUCAUCCAGAAGGAGAAAAAGCUCCGGGAGAAGAUCUCAACACCCGGCGGGCCUCAACAGCACAAGUCUCCCAAGUAUACAGACGAGAGUGGACAUGUGACCAUUAAAGGGAACUUGCUGGGAAGCUAUCUGACCCAACUCAUUGUGAAGAUCAUCAUCGAAGCGGCCUUCAUCGUCGGUCAGUACUACCUGUACGGCUUUAUCAUGGUUCCCAUGUUCCCCUGCUCCAAGAAGCCCUGCCCCUUCACCGUGGAGUGCUACAUGUCCAGACCCACGGAGAAAACCAUCUUCAUCAUCUUCAUGCUGGUGGUGGCCUGCAUCUCCCUGCUCCUCAACGUCAUCGAGGUGUUCUACCUGAUCGGCUCCAGAGUCCGAUGUGGGUCCAAGCGUCGCGCUCACAGAGUCACCUCGGCAGAAAACCCCGCCAGCCUUUCUGGUCCAAAAUGGUCGAACGCGGACGACGCUCUCAAGCAGAACAAGCUCAACAUGGAGAUGGAGAGCAACCACAGCGUCGGAGGAAGCCUGGACGGAGCCAAAGAGGAGAAACGGCUACUGAGCGGUCACUGAAGAUCUGAAAUGUUGUUUUUAUUGCUCCAGAUUAACUUAGAAAAUCCUCCAUUGCUGAAUGAAAAGAUGUAUUCUAUAGAAAAACGUGCAAUACUGCUGUAUUUAUGUUCUCGAGUCGUUCAAUGUGUUUAAGUUCUUCAGAUCUUCAUUAACUGGAGGAAUCUGCUGAUUUAACAAUUGUGAUGAUGAUGCCAGAGAAACAUCUGAUUCUGCUGAAGAGGCAGACACUUUUUGUAUGCUUUGUUGUUUUUAAUAAAUGAUUAAAGUUGAAUAAAAAAACAGGUUUUCUACCAUUUUAA